AUCUGCAACUCCUUUUACUUCUUCACAAAUGGCAGCACCGCCGUCAUCGUCCGCCGCUUCAGCGCCCGGCUCGUCCUCAGAGUUUGGCAACCCCAUGCGGAAAUUCAAGCUCGUCUUCCUCGGCGAGCAGAGCGUGGGCAAGACGUCGCUCAUCACUCGGUUCAUGUACGACUCGUUCGACAGCACUUACCAGGCCACGAUCGGAAUCGACUUUUUGUCAAAGACCAUGUAUCUCGAGGACCGAACUGUGCGGCUGCAGCUGUGGGACACGGCGGGCCAGGAGCGCUUCCGCUCGCUCAUCCCUAGCUACAUUCGCGACUCGUCCGUGGCCGUGGUUGUUUAUGACAUUACAAACCGAAAUUCGUUCCAACAAACUACAAAGUGGAUUGAUGACGUGCGAGCCGAGCGCGGCAACGACGUGAUCAUCAUGCUGGUAGGCAACAAGACUGAUUUGGGCGACAAGCGACAAGUUUCCAUCGAAGAAGGCGAGGCCAAGUCCAAGGAGCUCAACGUCAUGUUCAUCGAGACUAGUGCUAAGGCUGGCUACAAUGUCAAGCAGCUUUUCCGACGUGUCGCCGCCGCAUUGCCCGGCAUGGAAGCCUCGCCCGAUAAGCCCAACAAGGACGACUUGGUCGAUGUCAAACUUACAGAAACAACGCCAGCGGCCGCCGCUCCAGCAGGCAUGUGCGGAGCAUGCUAAAACCAAACGAGUUUUGGAAACACAACCAACCGCUCCUUUUUUUUCUUUUUUUUCUGUCUUUGUUUUUUCGAGUUUCCGUGUCUAUUCUGUGCUAUUAAUCAUUGUUGUCUGUUUCAUGUUUUGUUGGUGAAUGAAUGCGUGUGGCAUUCUUGUUUCGAUUACAAAUACUUUG